UCUCAUGCUUGAUAACCUGGUGAAAUUGCAGUACACCGGUGACCCUAACCCAGGUGAACACAGAUCUAAACAAAUAUGCACAUUACCUAUAACAUUACAAGGAUUACCCCUAGAUUCUGAAAUAACGAGAGAAUGGCAUCAGCCGGAUUGCGAAGGAGUAAUUGACUGUUUAUGCAAGAAGUCAAUUACACUUAGAAAGGAAGAUGUUGAACGAGUUCUACUUCAACCCACUGAAAGAGAGGAGACGGCACUUUCACAGUUUCAAAAGCUGAUGACAUGGGGUUGUACACGACUUUGGAAACAUUUGACAGAUGAUGCCCUGGAGCAUGUUGGGACGGAGCAGUCGGAUGUAUUUGAACAAAAUUUUGACGUCUUGUUGGCAGAAGAAACGGAAGAAAGUUCCGAUACAUGUACUUCAACAGAUGAUUUACACGAUGACUUCGACUUAGCUGAAGCAAUUCAGUCUCUUACUGAAAACAUUGAUGAUGACCUGGAAUACUACAAAGAUGUUUUGGAAGAGAAUGCAGAGGAAUUCUCGAUUUCUUGUUUGGAAAAAUCCAUGGAGCAGAUGUCUUUCCUUGAUGAAACCGAAACUGAAAAUGACAGUGAGAUUGCAGUUCAGAAGCUACUUGGAGACUUUGGAUUUUUUAAAUUUAUUGUGCCAAAGUUAUUGUGUAGACAUCCCCCGCCCGAAAUUGGAAGAGAUGACGAUAUUGCAAAAAUAAGAGAAGUGUUAGAUGAUAUUUACACGAAGUUAGGUUACGGUGUUGAUAAAGAGAAACGGGCAAAUCGAAUUUUAUGUGGGCCUGAUCAGAAAAUAGGGCAGUGUCUCUUGAAAUUGAUACAACUCAAUUCAAAGUAUGAAGUGUUUUUACCCGAAUUUCCACUCCUACAUCUUAGAAAAUCGAAAAUCACCAUAUUGUUGAGUUCAUAUAAGGAUGCAGGUAUCUUACAGUUGAUCAAAUAUAUGAAAGAUGACAAUCAAGAUGAUUUGACAAAACUAAUCUCGAUACAACAUAUAGACGUGGCAACUAGGUAUAUCAAACGAUUGGCUUUGGCACUGCAUUUGGCAUUUUUAAUAGCAUUUACUCAGUAUUUAGCUAUAGAACAAGUAGAAGAGUUUAUAGUUGAUGUGGAAACGAAUGAUUCGAAACAAGUUGCUGAGAAAUGGUCUACACAGUUUGAAGAUUUUCUCAGUUAUGGUUCAAAUCAAAAUGCAACAUUUGCAUUGCAUAGAGACAUGAUGAACCAUUGUGAUGAAGUUGUUGCUGUUGCUUUGUCCGAGCGACUUGGAGGUCCUGGUGGCUAUGCGUUAUUAUUAGCAGCUGUGAAGUCAUCUUUGCCAUUUUCAUUUGUCAACAAUGCAAGUUCUUAUGCGCCAUACUGUGUUCAACUUCUAUACCACCAUCAUCAAGCAGGCUUCUUCCAUCAAUGUAUGAAACAAACUUUGUACACCACACCUUUCAAAAGUAGCAAAAAAAAUUUUGCAUGUGACACAAAGAGGGAAAUGGAUCAUCUAGAUGUAUUAAAAGGAUUUCGUUCUGGGUCAAAUGUAUCAAGUAUUACCUGCAGGAUGUCACUGAUCGAUUCAUUAAGCACAGAAAAGGAUGAAAAAGAAACAUCAGUAAAAGAUGCAGAUACAAUGGGUUUUGAACUGACAGACGUUGACAUAGCACACAUUGUCCCUACUGCUACAUUGAUAUUAAGAAGAAAUGCCCUGCGUACUUCCGAUGACUGUGUUCCAAUGAACGUGUAUGCCAAAACUGCAACUGUUCUUCCCUCAACAAUUUUGGACAAAUGUAGUCAAGAUGUUGGAAAAUACCUGCUGUAUCGGUUUGUUUACCAACAGCAUCUAUUUGGUCUUACCGAAUCAGAUGUUCCAAAAACAGAUACUGUUAAGGGCAAUGCUGAUUUGAUUUCAAGAGCAAAGAGAAGUAAAGGAAUAACAAUUAAACGGACAUUGAAGUCUAAGAUAACGCAGCUCAAAUCCAGUCAAGAUGUGAAAGAAGAGCAAAGACAAAGACUUGUUGCCAAAAAGACACAACAAAUUGAUUGUCUUUCGUCCGAAAACAACUGUUGUCAAUCUCUAGUCAAGCCUGACUGCAGUAAACCAAAGGUCAUGAAGGCACUGAGCAUCAGAAAUGCUUUAAAUGAUUUAGUACAGUCAUGUAUUCAAAAGACAAGUGUUCAGGAAAUAAAAAAAACAACAGAUCAGUAUAUUAUGCUUAAUCAGUCAAAUAUUCCACAAAAUACACUUUCUUCAAUGCAGCUGUGUACAAUUGAAUAUGCUGGACAAAAAUUUAAACUGGGAAACUUAAAAACUGGAAAGGAGUACUUGCUAAAGGUGGAAAGCACAUUAAAGGGCUUAAUAAGAAAGAGUGAUUCAUGUUCAACGAUUGUGAUAUGCGAAGAAAAAUACAUGUUUACUCCAGAUGAUUUCAAGGCGGGUACCCAUCAACAAAGGAGAACUGAUAAAAAGACUGAUGUUAGUCAUCUGAAAUCUGGACAGCAUCUCAUAAGUGACAUUGUGCUCAACAAGGAAGCAAUCACUAAAACUGAAAUAGGAAAAAAAGCAAUCAGUACCUUUCUGGCGGAGAAUAUCACCAAAGUCAACAUUGACAAACCCAUCACACUUGUUGUUGACAGUGAGUUAUAUAUCAACAAAGAGGCAAUGUAUUCAACUCCAAUUCAGUGUCAUUUUACAGAAACGGAGAAACAAAUUUCACUAAUGAGUAACAUUCAGCAAAGGAAAGGAGAAGCUGAGAUGGCAGUGACUGACUGGCUACAGUACUAUAGUGAAAGCAUCGAAGAAGGCAAAUCAGUGGUAUGUCUGGUGACAUCUGGAGAUAUAGAUGCUGUGUAUCUACACAUGUAUACUGUCUGCAAGUUUGUGCCUCGAUUUGAAAAUGGACAAUUCAAAUACCAAGUGUAUGUUGUACUUCAAAAACCAUCAUCAAAGUACGACAUAUAUAAUAUCACGUCUAUGUUAGAACUAUUUGAAAGUGCCUACAGUGAUUCCGAAAUAGGACUUAAAAUACCUAUCAUGAUUUGUAUCGGUGGCAAUGACUUUAUACCUAAAUUUUAUCAGAUUUCGCACAAAACAAUAUUGUCCAAGAUGCUAAAUAAUCAACAUUACAGACAGUUCCUGAUCAGGAUCAUUGACUUUAAACCCAUGUUAGACCAGGAAUGCUAUACAGAAUUUGUGAAAGAUCUGUUUUGUCCAAGAAAAUAUGCUGCAAAAGACCUAUCAUAUGAUGAAGUAAGAUGUGUUACCAUCAACAAACAAGAUGAUCAAAAGACUGCAGAUCCAAGAAAAUGGCUACCACCAAAGUCAGCAAUUGAAAAUUUGUGUGAACUGACACAGUUGUGUAUUGCAUAUAUGGACACAGCUGGAAAUCACGAGAGUCAAAUGCCGAACUUCCUAGAAACAUCUUGUUUAAAGAAGAAUGAAAAUGGUGAUGUUCUUUAUGACUUUGGUCCAGAAGCACAUUUUGACAACAUCAGCGAACUUCCAAACAUGGCUAAAAAGCAUAAAAAAAGACAGCAUGAGUGCACCCCACAAAAAGGUCUGAGAAGAAAGCGACCCUUGACAUCAACGCCUAAGUCUAUUAAAUACCAGGAAAAUUGAUUACGGAAGUGUCUGUAACACAAACAUUACAUUAAAUGUACAGAUGCAUAUCAAGGAUAUUGUAAAUGUAAAUAUACCAGUUAUUGAACAUACGAGACGGGAGCAUUCGACCAGGGUUGGGGUAGUGUAGUUUGCCCUCCCUCAUCCAAACCCAACCCAAAUUUUAGUGUUGAUGAGAUGUACAUGUAUGCUCAGCAUCUAAACCUAAAUUGCUUAUAAAUCUUAUCUGUGCCUUCAAAGCUGCUCAUCCUCAGAUCUUUGUCAAAAUAUUCAUUUACUUAAAGUCAACAUUUUUAAAACAAGAAUGAAAAACAAAAAGCUUUAAUCAACAAAAUAAGUGAAAAAUCUAGGUAGCAUUUCUAGAAAAAUAGCUAACAAAUGUAUACUUUGCAGGGUAACACCUUGAAACUACAAUACUUUUAAUGAAAUUUUACAAGAAACAGUUUACACUGAUUAAUCCUUCAUAAAUAAAACAAUUUAAGACAUUUUGAUGAUAUUUAUUCUUUCUCCAACUUCUGAAAGCACGCAGCUUUAAAAACAGUGGUAUACUAAAUCGUAUUUUAGUUUUGUACCCAUACUUCCAGACUCAUAUUUGUGUCCUCCAAAAAGCCCAUGAUAUUAUGAUAUUAGGAAAACCACCUCCGCCCACGCCUCCGCCCCCGCCUUGUAGAAAUGGCCUACAAGGUUGUGUAUAUAACUAAGAUAUUGCAUGUUUAUAUCAUACAAAUUUGUAUACAUGUUUGAUGCCAUGCUUAUUGAUUUACAUUUACAUUGUGUACAUAAGCUUGUUUGGGUAGUUUUGCAUACUGCUGUAUAAAAAAAUACAUGCUUUUUUGAAUCCUUCAAAUUAACCUUCUGUUUCAAAUCAUUUUCAAAGCUAACAAGUAUUCAACUAAAUAUUUUAUGAAAUUGUGAUCACAGAUUUUGAAGUUUCAAACUAUUGAUAAAGAAAUAAAUGUGUUUCUGGUUGACUUAAUUAUUUUUUUAUAUUAUUUUUACUUAUUUCUUCUUUUUUGUUCUUAAGCACAUAAAAACCCGCUUUUAUAAAUGUAGAAGCAUAAAAAUGUUUGAGAUAAGUGUGACAGAUUUAAUUUUGACCAGAAGACUCUAGAAGACCCAAUUCAUUUUCUUUUUUCUUUACUCUAACAUAAGAUUUUCCUUGUGACAUUAUAAGACAUUACAAGACAUGUACACACUUCCUAUUAUUAGGCCUAUUCAAAUGUAUUUGAUAUCAAUAUAUAUAUAUUUUUUUUUACAGAGACUAUACUAUGUAAACCAAAAAUUAUUUAGGGUUUCUGAUUGUUAGCAAUGUUGUUUUUUUCCCUAUAAUUAACAUUGGCUAAAAAUGGAAUUAAAAUAAAAUUUAAAACGAUAAUAUAGAUUUUAAGUUUCAAAUUCCAAAAUCAUUUAUUAUGUAUCCAGCACAAAAGAAAUCUUCAAAAAUAAAGAACCAUGAGAUAAAAUGUGUGUUUCAUUUGUUGCUAUACUGAUGUAUAAAUUAUGCCCAUAGGCCUACUUUAUCACUGUUUAGCUCUAGAGCGUGCCUGUUAUUCUUAUCAGUACCACUGUAUCACUGAGACUGCUGACCGCCAGCUAGCUGGUCAUGGGAUAUUAGAUCAAAGGGCCUGUAGAGUAAUUAUAACUGUAUUCAUGCUGAGGUGUUA